AUGUUGACUGGAGCUUGCAAAGAGGCGCACCUCGUGGAACGAAAGAAGAAGGGCGAUGUGGGCAAGCCUUUGUACUGUUACCAUCUUCUCUCCUUCGCAACUCUCCGACCCCCCCGGUGCCGCCCGCGUUCUUCCACUGACACCAUGGGUAGCUUCGUGGACCAGCAGCAGCAGGCCGUCGCUCUGAAGCUGGGUCUGCCGCCGGUCAACGGCCUGUACGUGGAGCAAGGCAUGGCGACCGCGAACCAGACAGUUCUGUCCGGCACGGCGGCCGUCCGGGACGGCGCCGUCAAGGUGUCGUUCAAGAAGGCGUUCAACGCGCCGCCGGUGGUUAACGCUAACCUCAAGUUCAUUGACUUCGGGGUUACGACCAACGUGCGCGCGGACGUCUGGGUCACGGACGUCACGAAGACCGACUUCAUGUGCCACUUCCAGACCUGGUCAAACUCGUUGUGCUACGGCCUUCAGGCCAACUGGCUGGCCAUUGGGUCCAGCGACUAG